GAUAACGCGCCGAUCAUGACGGCAGAGAGUGAAAGGCGGUGGAAGAGAACAAAACUGGUGCAGAGAUGAGACAACAACUCUCAAAUUCUGGGGCUAAAUACCCAUAAAUGCACAAAGCUGUUUACUUUAAAAGAAAAAUAUGCAUAUAUAUAUAUAUGAAAUUAGAAAAGGGCAAAAGGAAUCCACUAUAAUUCUCAAAUCAAAACAAAAGAUUUGAGAAAACCCACAAGCCAGAGGAGAGAAAUUUGGAUAUACAGUUUAAGUGAAUGAGUGAGAAUCAUGUGAUCUACCACCUAUUUCUCUCUCAUCCAAAAGAUCCAUAAUUAAUUUGUAUACCAAGAAAUCAUCCCUUUUGUUUUUUAAUUUUAGUACUGCUCUUCUGUUGAUAUUUUCCUCUUUUGGAUUGGAAGAGCUUCUUCCUCUGUUUUUUCUUUUUUCGUCAAUGGCUUCAACUGCUUCGAGGUUCAUCAAGUGUGUGACCGUGGGAGAUGGAGCUGUAGGCAAGACCUGCAUGCUUAUUUGCUACACUAGUAACAAGUUUCCUACUGAUUAUGUACCCACUGUGUUUGAUAACUUCAGUGCAAACGUGGUAGUUGAAGGAACCACCGUCAACUUAGGCCUCUGGGAUACAGCUGGACAAGAAGAUUAUAAUAGAUUAAGGCCAUUAAGUUACAGAGGGGCUGAUGUUUUCGUGUUAGCUUUCUCCCUAGUUAGUCGGGCUAGCUAUGAAAAUGUACUUAAAAAGUGGAUUCCUGAGCUUCAGCAUUAUGCUCAAGGAGUCCCAGUAGUACUGGUUGGCACCAAAUUGGAUCUUCGUGAGGACAAGCACUAUUUAGCUGAUCAUCCGGGAUUGGUGCCUGUGACAACUGCACAGGGAGAAGAACUUAGCAAACAGAUUGGUGCAGCAUAUUAUAUUGAAUGCAGCUCAAAAACUCAACAGAAUGUCAAGGCUGUUUUUGAUUCGGUGAUCAGGGUAGUAAUCAAACCAGCACAAAAACAAAAAGAGAAGAAGAAAAAGCCACAUCAAGGAUGCCUAUUGGAUAUCUUUUGUGGGAGGAGACUUGUGUGUCUGAGAUGAGGUCAUUGUCAUCAGGGUGAAUAUUCAUUUGAAUGUUAGUGUUGCUAAUAUUUGGUGGGGACCCUUGCUGUGAGUUUCAUUUUGAGUUGAAUUAUUUUGGUGGCAGUACAGCUUUCCUUUGAAUGUCACUUGGUCUUGGUGGCGAUUUUCGCAUUUUCUGAUCUCGUGUUCGACUAACAGUUGGGAGAAGUAUCUUUAUGCUAUUGGUGUAUAGUGAUCUCCAUGAUUGUAUUGAUUUUCAAAGCUCGGCAGCAUUUGACAUUUUCAAAGCUAUACUGAAUUACUGACUCUGUCGCAAUUGAAUUGAAAUUUCUGGUGA